AUGAACGUGUCAACAGCCAAUGUGACUGUGGUUUUACAGUAUCGAGACUCCUUCACUAAAGCUGUGGCCAAGAAUGUGAUCGUCGUGGUUCUCAGCAUCUCUAUCAACUACAUCAAUGCAGGCCUCAUUCAAACCUUCUGCAAACACCAGAUCUUCUACACGAAUCCUCGGUAUAUCCUUUUCAUUCACCUGGUGGUCAACGACAUGAUCCAGGUGACGCUGACCGUCAUCCUGUUCGUCAUCAGCUACACCAUCUACAAACUCAAUGUCUCCGUCUGUUGCAUCUUCAUCCUGAUUGCUCUGUUCACCACUGAGAACACCCCUCUCAACCUGGCCUGCAUGGCGGUGGAGUGCUACGUCGCCAUCUGCCUGCCCCUCCACCACGUGCACAUCUGCACCGUCAAGAGGACGUUGAUGCUGAUUGGUUUAAUCUGGGCGACGAGCAUGCUGUCCGUUCUUCCUGACCUCUUCAUCACCUUGGCCACGGAGCCACUGGGCUUCUUCCGUUCACAAGUGUUCUGUCUCAGGCAAACUGUCUUCCCACACCCCCUCAUUAUCAAGAAGCGGGACGUGACUUAUGUGGUGUUUCUAGUUAUAGUUUGGCUCAUUAUCUUUUACACUUACUUCAGAAUUCUGUUCACUGCAAAAACAGCCAGCAAAGACACUAAGAAAGCCAGAAACACAAUCCUCCUCCAUGGGUUUCAGCUGCUGCUGUGCAUGGCAACAUAUGCAACGCCUCAGUUGAAAGAUGCUCUGCUGAAAUGGUUUCCUAAGAAUUACACUGACUCCCUCUUUGCCACCUACAUUUUAGUACAGAUUCUACCACGAUCCAUUAGUCCAAUCAUAUACGGCGUCAGAGACAACACUUUCAGGAAGCAUCUGAAAAGGUAUCUGCUGUGUAGAAUCAGCAUAGGUCAACCUGAGCAGCCAUUCGUGGACCAUAAUUAG